CCCGCUGGGCCUGCCUCAGCCAUGGCCGCCGGCCCCGCGUCCCACGGCGGGCACCCCCGCGCGCAGAGGCCGCAUCUGAGCAAGAUGGAGCGGAUGGUGGUGAGUAUGCAGGACCCCGACCAGGGUGUGAAGAUGCGGAGCCAGCGCCUGCUCGUCACCGUCAUUCCUCACGCAGUGACUGGCAACGACAUCAUGGAGUGGUUGAUCCAGAAGUACUGCAUCACAGAGGAGGAGGCCCUGCACCUGGGCACCCUCCUAGUGCGGCAUGGCUACCUAUACCCACUGCGAGACCCCUGCCACCUCGAGCUCCGGCUGGAUGAAACGCCCUAUAGGUUCCAGGUCAGGCUCAACUGGGAGCAGACGCCCUAUUUCUGGAUGAGCACCCUGUGGCCAGCCGCUGAGCUGGACUAUGCCAUCUACCUGGCCAAGAAGAACAUCCGAAAGCGGGGGGGCCUGGUUGACCAUGAAAAGGAGCACUACGACCAGCUGCACAGGAAGAUUAGCCACACGUGGGACCUGGUAGUGAUGCAGGCAAGAGAGCAGCUGUGGGCAGCUAAGCAGCGCAGGAAGGGGGACAGGCUGGUCAUCGCAUGCCAGGAGCAGACGUACUGGCUGGUGAACAGGCCCCCGCCCGGGGUCCCCAGCGUGCUGGAGCAAGGUCCAGAGCGGGGUUCCUGCACUGCUGGGCGAGUGCAGAUGCCCACCGGCCCCUUCCAGACCAAGACCGUGGACUUCUACAGGCGGGAGGUCGAGUGCUUACGAAAGGCACUGGGCAGGGCCCGGGUGAAGUCCUCCGUCUGCCUUGAGGCGUACCUGAAAUUUAGCAGCCAGCGUGGGCUGCACGACCCCAUCAUGUCGGGGUGCCUGCCCAGCAACCCCUGGGUCACAGACAACGAUACCUACUGGGCCAUGAAUGCACCCAGCGCGGCCGUGCCCACAAGGCUCCGUGUGGAGCAGUGGGCCUUCAGCUUCCGGGAACUCUUGGAAGACCCUGUGGGACGGGCCCAUUUCAUGGACUUUCUCAGGAAAGAGUUCAGUGCCGAGAACCUCAGCUUCUGGGAGGCCUGUGAGGAGCUGCGCCACGGAGGGCAGGCCCAGGUCCCCGCCCUGGUGGACGCCGUGUACCAGCAGUUCCUGGCCCCCGGUGCUGCCCGCUGGGUCAACAUCGACAGCCGGACGAUGGAGCGGACGCUGGUGGGCCUGGGCCGGCCGCACCGCCAUGUGCUGGACGACGCCCAGCUGCACAUCUACAUGCUGAUGAAGAAGGACUCCUACCCGAGGUUCCUGAAGUCGGAUUUGUACAAAGACCUGCUGGCGGAGGCCGUGGUGCCCCCGGAGACCAAGCGACGGGUGUUCCCGUUCAUGCGGAAGCCGCGCCAUUCCAGCCCCAGCCCUGCUCUCCUUCCUGCCUCUGCCUCCGCCUCCAGGGAGCCCUCGGGUGGUGACGGGGAGGCCUAGGUGGGCCUGGGCAGGGGCAGAAUGGGGCCAUCUUGCCCUCAUCAACUCCUCUUGCCCAGGGUCCUUGCAGCCACUGAGACUCCCCGGCACGGGAGUCUCCUCGGGCCCCAAGCGCCCGGCCUUACGGGGGCACCGACCUCUCUGGCUUCCACCUUUUCCCUUGUCACACCCUCCCCCAGAAGGGGCUGUUCGGGUGCUGAUUCCCAGGGCAGGGGUGCCCUGGACUGAGACAAGAUGGCAGCACACCUGGCAUUCUACGCCGGUUCCCACCCCGCUGGUGACUCCCAGGGCAAGAUUUCAGUCAGGUGGCCGCCAGCAGGGGGCGUGGGCGUGCAGGGGGAGGUGCUGCUCCCACUGGGCCGUGGCCUCUCCGCCUCCGUGGCCACCCGAGGCCCGUGGCUUCUCUCCGGUGUUGUACAGAGAUGGCUCCAGCAUCGUUGCUCCUCCAACAGCCAUCCCUGGUUCACAGCCAGGGCGGCAGAGCCUCUAGGGAAAGACACCAGGGAGUCCCCACUCCGAGGGCCCCCCGAGACUCAGCUGCUCCUUUGGGAGUGCAGCCAGACUGGCUCAGCUGGGGCAGCGCCACCCCUCCCUCAGGGCUGCCCACACCCUCCCACUCCCAGCCCAGAAAUAAAAGACCUUUGGGUCCUCA